UAAUUCAUAUUAUUAUUCUUAUCCAACACAAAAGCACACACACAUAUACUCCAUGUUAAUGUUAUCCCUAAUUUUCAUGCAAUAAUCUCUCCCUCACUUCACUUACUCACAUAAAGACUCUCUUCAAUCCAAACAACCCAUCUUUUCUCUAUUCCUCCUCUCUUUCUUGUUAUCAAUUAUCCUCAAUUCAAACAGGAAAUAUUAGAUUUGUACCUCAACAUCAACAUCCAUGUUUUCUUAAUGUUUGUUAUGCAGGCGAGUGAAACUGACAUCAAAUAUGAAGAGGGUUUCGUAUUGAAUUCACGAGGAAUGAAGCUAUUGGCAACAAGUUGGAUUCCUGCAAACGAAAAUCCAAAAGCAUUAAUAUUCAUGUGUCAUGGAUAUGCCAUGGAAUGCAGCAUCACCAUGGACAGCACUGCAAGAAGACUUGCAAAUGGUGGAUAUGCAGUAUAUGGUAUAGAUUAUGAAGGACAUGGAAAAUCAUAUGGGUUACCUGGUCUUGUUAAGAAUUUUGAUACAAUCAUUGAUGAUUGUUUACGCCAUUUUAGCAGCAUAUGUGAAAAGCCAGAGAAUAAGAAGAAGAUGAGGUAUUUGUUAGGGGAAUCAAUGGGAGGAGCUGUGGCUCUGCUUUUGCACCGGAAAAAGCCAGAAUAUUGGGAUGGUGCUAUUUUGGCUGCACCAAUGUGCAAGAUUGCAGAUGACAUAAAACCAAAUGCAUUUGUUUUGCGUAUAUUGAGUGCACUAAGCAAAGUUGCUCCCACAUGGCAAAUAGUCCCAACCCAAGAUAUCAUUGACGUUGCAUUCAAAGUACCCGAAGUCAGACAACAGAUUAGAGCAAAUCAAUACUGCUUCAAAGGUAAACCUCGUUUGAGAACAGGUUAUGAACUUAGCAGGGUUGCUACAAAAAUUGAGGAAACACUAGAUGAAGUUUCACUUCCUUUUUUGAUUUUACAUGGUGAGGAAGAUAGAGUGACUGAUCCAUCAGUGAGCAAACAAUUACAUGAAGUGGCAUCAAGCAAAGAUAAGACACUGAAAUUGUACCCUGGAAUGUGGCAUGGUUUAUUGUAUGGUGAGCCACCUGAAAAUUUGGAGAUUGUAUUCAAAGACAUUUUUAAUUGGAUAGAGGAAAGAUGUCAAUAUGGUAAUUCAAGAUUAGAGAGAGAACAAAAACAACAAAAUGAAGAGUCUUCAAAAGCCUCUAAGUAAUCAGAAUCAGAGACUUCUCUUGCAUCUUUGUAAUUUUGAAUUUAUUAUCUUGUGUUUGUUUCAUUGAUGCCCGUGUAAAUUUUACAUUAGUUUUUUAUUUACAAUAUUAAUUUUAUAAAGGAGCUAUUUUCAUUGGUUUUAUUUUA